GGAGAGGCAGAAAAGACCAGUGGUAGCUGGUGCAGAAGCAGACGUUGGCACGGGAGCUUGGAGUGACGACCCCUCGCCUGAUGGCCAAAGCCCUGAAGAAGGAUUCGAUUCUUGCAAAGUUUGCUAAGGUCUCUACACGACAGUUCAAUGUGAGACAGGCAACAACUAUUCAAGGAGGUGCUGAUGUGUACAAGAUGGACAAGGAGGCACGAGGCUUCGUUCGCAUCUUUAACUUCAGUUGUUUCAAGGACAGAUCCGACCUGAACCUUCAGCAACUCGACUACGAUGCUUGCAUAAUGUCAGAUGUAUUUGAUAAGAUGGGAUACAUGUGUGAAACACGCUCGUCACUCACGGCUCAGCAAACUAAGGAAGUCCUAAAGAAUAUUAGGAACGCAGAUGUUCUGAAGGACGUCGGAUGUGCUAUAUUUGUCAUAUCUGGCUAUGGUGUAAGUGGCGGAAAGAUUCUUACAUCUGAUAUGCAGUAUGUAGUGUUUAAAAGCUCUAAAUGUCUUUAACUCUAAAACAAACAAACCUGAUGAUGGUGAUUGUCAGAACCCCUUAACGAAAUGGCAUCUGUCUAUUCCAAGAGCAUGGCAUUUGUUAAGUUGCUGUUUAAAAAAUAUACAUUACUCAUCUAAGCAUCAUAUCACAUCUAUAAACUGUUCCAUGUUUUUUUUCUUUUUUUCGACGUUUUUCUCUAUUUUGUAUAGUAGUAAAAAGGCUGUACCUGUAAACAUUCUCUGCAAAUACACCUAUACUGUG